GGAAGAAGAAUAGGGAUCCCACGUAUAUAAGCCGUACGCCCGGGCUGUGGUUCGAUCACAACUCAAUCGAUCUUCGCACAGUUUGGACGACCUCAUCCACAAAUCAAGCCCAGCAAUCAUGAAGUGCAUCGCAGCUGUAGUCAUGAUGGCUCUGGCCGUCGCCCGGGGAGCCGUCCUUCCGGUUCCGGUAGUGUACUCCGCUCCCGAAACGACCGUCGUCCAGCAGAACGUGGCCCCGAAGUACGUCACGUCGAACGUCGCCUAUGCUGCCCCAACCGUCACCACGUACUCCGUCCCACAAACGACCUACGUGCAGCAGAAGUACAUCUCGGCCGCUCCAGCCGUUGCCUAUGCUGCCCCCGCUGUCACCACCUACAAUGUGCGUCCCUCCACCUACACCACCGUCGAGCAGAACGUUGCCCCGGCUGUCGCUUACUCGGCACCGGUCGUCACUGCCUACUCGGUUCCGGCCGAAAAGACCGUCGUGCAGCAGAACGUUGCCCCGAAGUACGUUAGCUACUCGGCUCCUGCUGUGGCCACCUACUCCGCUCCAGCCGUGUCUUACGUCGCUCCGGCCGUGUCCUACACUGCUCCGGCCGUCACCUACGCCGCUGCUCCAGUGACGCAAUACAAGACGGUCGCUCCAGUCCCAACCGUGUACUCGUCCGAUUCGGAAGUGAUCGAGGCUGCUCCGGUUGCUGCCGUUGCUCCUGCCGAGACAGUUGUCGUUGAGCAGCCCACUGCUGCUGUGUUGGCCAAGUCUGAAGCUCGUUACGUCGUCGCCACGCCCGGUGCCGUACAUGAUGCUCCCCUCGUUGGACACACCGUCAACCAGAAGGCCUUCAACGUUGAGCCGGCACCAGGAACUCAGUAAGACGUUUGCGAACAUAGGAACAGCAGAAGGAAUGUUUUAUUUCGAUCACAAGCACACACAGACAAAAUUAACGAAACUCGAACAACUGACAGGUUUUUAACUUGUUGGAUGUAAAAAAAUGAAAUAAAAUUGCAAAAUCACACGUUCA